CUAGCUGCCAAAUCGCUCACCACGGUUGCGACGCUCUUUGCUGAUCCGUCCAACACUACCAUCGCUCUAAACGAGAGUGCGAUCUUUUCUCUCAAGCUUGACGAUACCGUUCAGACCCUGUCGAAACAAAAAGCCCCGGACAAAGGCUCAAUUCAGGGUCUUCUCUUUGUUCCCAGCCUCGGAACUCAAGAUCCGUGCAACAAUGCCACUGAACCGUAUAUCCCGGCCAAUGUCACCCGCCUACAAGGCGUCACGCCGUUCGACGGCCGUGUGAUCGGGCUGGCACCUUGGAUAAGCGACGAAUGUUCGCAGGCCUUUCUAGAUGUCUCGCAGGGCACCGUGCCAGACGCGCUGCUCUUUUUUCUGCCAUCUAACGAUGACACAAAACCGCCAUCGGCAAAUGACCCGGCCUGGCAGCUGGGAGGCAGCACUAAUUGGCAAUCGCAGAGCAACUUCCCGGUGUACGGAAUCCCCGGCGCGGCGGGUGCUACCUUGAUGGAACAGCUGUCACGCGACGGGAGUGUGCCGAAUCCCGAUGACCCAGACAAUCUAACUCCAUUAUCGUCGUUAGGAGCUUCUCGACUAUUUGCGGUCAUAGAUAUAGAUAGUGGCGGAAAGAAGAUGCCCAGUAUAUGGGGGUUCAUUCUCGCCAUUCUGGGGACUGUUCUCGUCCUUACUAUUAUACUUCUUUUAUUCUACCAGCUGGUGCACAGGCGGCACCAGCGGGAGCUCCAGCGCCGCCUGGAAGCCGGAGAAGCAGACCUGGAGCAAUUAGCCCAGCUUCACAUCAAGGUUCCACCAGAAUUUUUGGAGACGAUGCCCAUUUACAUCUACAUGGGCGGUGGUGACGACGACGAAUCGAUCAAUGAGAACUCCACGCCGGGGCAUCUACCACGAAUCACUGAACAUGCUGCUGAAGACAAGGACCCUAAGACCCCCACCGUCGCAAUUCGUGAGACGGACGAUGAGGCGGAAAAAGCAAUAGACGGCGAGUCCAUCAGACGACCCUCUCAGGCGACAAUAGCAGGUCAGCCAGACGCCUAUGUGCAACACAAGAACCGACUCAGCCGACAGCAGACGACGUGCGCGAUCUGCCUGGAUGAUUUUGAGCGGGAUUUAUCAGCAGUGCGCGAGCUGCCAUGCGGACACAUUUACCACCCACCGUGCAUCGACACAUCCCUAACGCAGAGCAGCAGUCUCUGUCCACUGUGCAAGAAAAGCGUGCUCCCAAGCAGCUGGUUCAGAUUUCCACCGGAAGACCCAUGGCUACAACCUCAUUAGAUAGACAUUUCACAGCCCUAGACUUACAUAACACUCAUGAUAGAAUAGACU